CCGAUAUAAUGGAUCGCUUUUAUAUCUCAAUUUCUGCUACUUGCAAAUGAUUUGAAAACUUCAUUCCACACUUAAAAGAUAUGGCAUUUUGUCUAGCUCUCAGUGAUAUAUGUGACUUAAAAUAAAUCCUUACGUUCUUUUUAAACUUUAAAAUAGUAAACUCCAUCAAAAACAAUCACUAUAGCCUGAAAAGUAGUAAGUUUUAGAAGCAUAUAGUCAUAAAAAUAAUCACAUGAAUACUAAAAGAUUCAGUUUUCAUACCACUACAAAAUCCUAUAAGAUAGAAUAAAUAAUACGUGUACUUUUGUGACGAAAGAAAACAACUUUAGUUUUUGUUUCCAAACGAGAUCAUUCAUAGUAGGAAUUUCCGUUCUAAGGAAAAUAAGGCCUCACAGUAAUCGUUUCUGGAGGAGUUUACUAUUUUAAAGUUUAAAAAGAAUGCAAGGAUUUAUUUUAAGUCGCACAUAUCACUAAGAGCUAGACAAAAUGUCAUAUCUUUUAAGUGUGGAAUGAGGUUUUCAAAUCAUUUGCUAGUAGCAGAAAAUGAGAUCACAACUGACCCAUUACACUGUAUACACCUGUUAUAAAGCGUUGCCUAUACGAAACAAACAAAUGUAUCAUAAUUUUUUGUUUCGCAUCUCCACUCGUUGGUCUUGAACUGAAAUUUUGAAUUGAAAAAUUUUUGGAUAAUGGCAUUGUUUCUUUAUUUAGGAGAUAAAGAACAGAUACGUCAAAUGUUUCAAAUGGCAUGGACAUUUGUAAAUGACAGUUAUUGUACGACACUGUGUUUACAAUGGGAACCAGAAAUAAUCGCUAUUGCUGUCAUGUAUUUAGCAUGUAAAUUAUCAAAAUUUGAAAUAACAGAUUGGGCAAAUAAAAAAGAAAACACUAAACAAAAAUGGUGGGAACAAUUUGUUGAAGGUUUGACAAAAGAUAUUAUUGAAGAUAUUUGUCAUCAACAUUUAGAUUUAUAUUCUAAAAAUAAUACAUCAACGUUUGGCGCUAUCGGCAUUAGUGGAGGAAAUUCUCAAUCAUCGUCAGCAAAUGUACCACCACUCUCGAAUACCAAUACAUGGACAAUAAAUCAAGGAAAUUCAAAUAUCAUAUCACCGGUUAUUGGUGAAGCGACGCCAAAUACUCCAGUUAAGCGACCUAUUCGAUCUGAUGAUGAUUCAUACAGAAAUAUUCGUUCACAUACUUCUGCUGAACAAGCAUCAUCAAGAACGCCGACAAUCACCACUGAUGGACGUUCCUCUGUAAAAAAUGAGCAUGAUUUAGCUACCGCACAUAUCAAACAGCCAAUGCCCUCGUCUUUAACUAGUCAUCCAGAUGACUCAUCAAGACGCACUUUAGCAGCACCAUCUAUGAUGAUGAAUGCAAUACCUACACAACAACAGACUACUCAGCAAAACCAAGUUUCUCCAAGUAUCUGGAUGAAUAUGCGACCUCCAGCUGUUCCCCCGUCAUUAUUAUCAAUGCCAAAUCCAUUUAUGCCCACUCAUUUUCCACCGUUCCCACCACCACCGCCUUUGCCCUUGCCUCCUGUUCCUAGCUUUGAAACACCGAAAUAUCAUCAAUCAAAAUAA